AUGACUGAAGACGCAAAGAUCCUGCAGUACUACCUGAGGUGCAGUCCGGAGCAAACCAACCCUUUCCAGCAGAAGCUGUCUGGGAGCCAUAAAGCAUUAGUAGAGAUGCAGGACGACGUGUCUGAGCUGCUGCGUUCUGCCGCUAGAGAAUAUAAACAGACAAAGGGAAGCUUGGAGGAGAUUCAGGGGAUCCUGAACACCACAGAGAUCAGCCUUCAUCAGCUCACAGCGCUGGUGGACUGCCGCAGCCUGCACAUGGACUACGUUCAGGGCAUGACGGGUAUGUGCUAUGAUGGACUCGAAGGCCUCAUCUACCUCUUGCUCUUCUCCUUCGUGACCGCUCUCAUGUUCAGCUCGAUCGUCUGCAGCGUGCCUCACACCUGGCGCGGCAAGCGGAGCGACGAAGACAGUGAAGAUGAGUCUCUGAGCCCCGGCGAAAGGCAGAACCCCGACAGCUUGUACCGGGUCCAUAUGCCCAGCCUGUACAGCUGUGGCAGCAGCUAUGGGAGCGAGACCUCCAUUCCCGCCACAGCCCACACUGUCAGCAACGCACCUGUCACAGAGUACAUGGCUCAGAACGCCAACUUCCAGAACUCUCGCUGUGAAAACACGCCACUGAUCGGACGCGAGUCCCCUCCUCCCUCUUACACCUCCAGCAUGCGAGCAAAGUACCUGGCUAACAGUCGACCCGAUCCCAACAACCCUCCAGCACGUUAAAACGUCUCCGAUCUCCACCAUUCUGCAGCGCUGCACAUCUCAGAAGCUUCCCCUCUGUCCAGGCCCUCCUCAAGCAUAGGGUCCCGUUUCUUCUGCUUCUCGCUUCUUCUCCCUGUGUCACUUUAUUUCAACCAAAUGUGCUUCUUUACCUGCUUGGCUGAAGCAGAACCAGAGGACAUGCAUUAGAUGGCAAACUGUGGGUCAGAAAUGCAGAUAGAACUAAUCCCAACUUCCACAUUCCCUUGUUUAGCAGCGCACGGGGUCAUUAAAGGCUGGUUCACACGGCAGGAUUUUAAAAUUGUCGGCCGAUUUUAAAGCCUGAGAGUAAGAUAAAAGAGCGGGGCUCUACUUUUGCUGCAGUAUUUUUUUUUUCUCAGGGUUUCCCUCACCUUGCUUUCUGAUUGGCUACACGUCACAGUCAACAGGCUGCAUGCACGUUUGUCCUCGGGGGACACCGCACACGCUAGGAUAUCGGGGCAAGACAAGCCAACAUGUCGAAAGUCGGAGCCGUCCCGACGUUCUACAGAGCAGAAUAGAUCACUCUUAACACGCCAACACACGGCAGGAUAUUCUCUUACGAUUAUUUUAAGACACGCCGAUAGAAGGCGGAGACACGGCAUGAAUGGGGCUAAAAAUGCUGCCGUGUGAACCGGCCUUAAGGGUGCUGGGACUGGACUCCUGAGCUGAUGCAAUGAAGCUGGAACGGUUUUAAACAAGAAGUCAGGUACUCUGGAUGAAACGCCUACCCCCGUAGAUAGGAGCUUUCACGGUUACCGCUUAGAUGUACCUGUUUCAUUGAUUAGAUUACCUUUUAGCUUGGUAGGCCUCUACUGUUUCAGGAGCCUGAAUCGUACUGUACUUGUGAACUUCCACCACACGCUAACACACUUGGCUUAUAGUGGCAUUCUUGUCUUAGAUCUGUCGUCUGGGACCAGUUUUCCUGUGGUAUUGCAUGUCCGACCACAGUCAUUUAGUUUUAUUUUUUUCUUAAGACGCCAUUAUUUCACUUGGCUUUUUAAAAAAAAAAAAUAAUGCAGUGAGCCACACUUCCACAGUUGCUGUUCACCUGUGACGUCCUGGCACAUGUUUUUAUUUGGUUGAAUGAAACUGAAAAGUUGGAACUUUUUUUUUUUUUUUUCUUUCCAGCAGACGACUGUGAAAAAGACGAGUGUUUGGUCGCUUCAAAGGUUUGCCGAUAAGCUGCAGUGCCCGCCAUCUUAGACGCGUGUAAUGCUCUCUUUGGUUCUUUAUUCGAAGAGCUUCAAACUGUUUUCACGCCACAAAAGCAGCAGUGAUCGCCCCAGUGGGAGUUUUGACUUGAUUAAAAAAAAAAAUGGCGUUUUCUCAAGGGAUUUUUCUGGAGAAGUGUAAUGCAUUUGCAAUGCAGUGCCUCGAAUGUGUUUUAGCAUUUAUAUAACACUCAGAGAGGGUAGCGGCUGCUGUGAAAGGAUUGUGACAACUUCUGUUUUCUGUGUAAAAGGAAAAAAAAAACGUAAAGGGUUAAAUUCUGUGUCGCAGCAUGACGAACCUUCACGUGUGAAGGGAGAUGUUUGUGCUUCCGCUGCCUCUGCUUGCUUCUUAAGAUGUGAUCCGUGGAAGAAGUGAUGUUGAGACCGUGCCAAUAAGUUCAGCACAAAUCUGUUCGUAUCUCAGUAACCUUUUCAGAUGUCUUUAAUUCAACCAACAGCUCCUGGGUGGCUGUGAAACAAGAACAUGAGCCUCUUUUUAAAAAAAAAAAAAAUGCUUUCUUUGAUAAUUCACUGAUGCAGUCUUUUUUUUUUGUUUUGUUUUUUUAGAUAGGAGUUUUGAUCUUUUUGUAAUGUACAGAUAAAGAUAAUUACCAAACAUUUCCAACUCUUAAAUCAUUAUUUUUUUCCUUUCUUUAAAAGGCCUGUGAUUCAUUUUAAAGCAUUUUUUUGUUAUUUUACUCUAGAAACAUAAAUUCAUGUAAAUAUUAAUAGAUUUGUUUCUCUUUCUUUUGUGUAAUAAAAAAAAAAUCACUGUAGAUCUGUUUUUUUUAUACAUCAUUUUGUAAUGUGUACGUGUAAAGGCUGUGGUCACGUUGAAGCUUGAAUGGUGUGUUUUGAAAUUAAAGGAACUUUUAACUGAA